GUCUGAGUCACAGUAGCCGGAAGUUAGCCGAGGUUAGCUUAGCAGCCGCAGCAUCAGCGCGCGUCUUUCAGAGGAAGAAGAAUCACCGUGAGGCUGCGGGUCAUGGGGUUGACCAAGCAGUACCUGCGCUACGCUGCCAGCGCCGUGUUCGGAGUAAUCGGCAGCCAGAAGGCCAACAUCGCGUACGUGAACCUGCGCGGAGGCGAGAGGGGGCGCUUCGUCGCCGUGGCCGCAUGCGAGCAGGUCUUCAUCUGGGACAGCCGAAAGGGAGAGAAGAUCCUGAUCCUGAAGGGCCAGAAACACGAGGUGACCUUCCUCUGCCCUUCACCUGACGGCGUCCACAUCGCCGUGGGUUACGAGGACGGCGCCGUCCGCAUCUUCAACCUGCAGAACGGCGAGAGCAAUGUCUCCUUUAACGGCCACAAGUCUGCUGUUACCACUAUGAACUACGACGGACUGGGGGCGCGGCUUGUCACCGGUUCCAGGGACACAGAUGUGAUUGUGUGGGACAUCAUCAACGAGUGUGGUCUGUACAGGCUGCGGGGCCAUAAAGACGUCAUCACACAGGCCUUGUUCCUCAAAGACAAGAACCUCCUGGUCACCAGCUCCAAGGACAGUUUUGUGAAGUGGUGGGACCUGGACACGCAGCACUGCUUCAAGACCCUGGUGGGCCACCGCAGCGAGGUGUGGGGCAUGGUUCUGCUGAACCGGGAGAACCGGCUGCUGACGGGCUCAGCGGACAGUGAGCUCCGAGCCUGGGACAUCAACUACCUGCAGGAGGAAAAAGCAGUGGGUGAGCCCAAGGUGAAGAAGGGGAAAACUCUGCUGGAUGACGAGGACGACGAUGAUGAAGACGAUGAGGACGAAAGUCUUGAAGAGCGGAUCUUGAGUUGUAAAAAAGCCGGCUCCAUCCUGAGAGAGGCCCGGGACAGAGUCGUCUCGCUGACAGCCGACGCCAGGGCCCGAGUGGUCGCCUGCCACGGCAACGACUCGGUCCUGGAGCUUUUCACGGUGUUGACAAACGAGGAAGUGCAGAGGAAAAUGACCAAGAAGCUGAAGAAGGCGAAAAAGAAGGCCGCCAAAGCUCAAGAAGAUGCUGGAGGCGAGGAGGAGGCAGCCGCCGAGCCGGUGGUGGAGAAGAUGCUGAAAGACGAGAUCGUCAGACUCACCAACAUUAAAGCCUCCGCCAAGAUCAGAUGGGUGGACUGCCUGUCGUGUGCGGGCGGCGAGCUGAAGGUGGCGCUGCUGCUGCAGAACAACACCAUCGAGACCUACAGCCUGAAGACGUCGGACAAGACGCCCGCGGCCAACAAGACGGCGCGCCUCACGCUCGCCGGCCACCGCACCGACGUCCGCACGCUGGCCUUCAGCUCGGACAACCUGGCCGUCCUCUCCGCCUCGGGGGACACGGUCAAAGUGUGGAACAGGUCUACUCUGCAGGUGAUUCGCACCAUGGCCUGUGAUUACGCCCUCUGCUCCCUCUUCGUGCCUGGAGACCGACAGAUCAUCCUGGGAACCAAGAGUGGUAAGCUGCAGAUCUUCGAGUUGGCCUCGGGAAGCCUCUUGGAGACGGUAGAUGCCCACGACGGAGCCCUGUGGUCCCUGUGCCUGGCCCCAGACCAGAGGGGGAUCGUGACAGGAAGUGCAGACAAGAAGGUGAAGUUUUGGGAGUUUGAGCUGAUCAAGGACGAGGGGACCGGACAGAAGAGGCUGACGGUGAAACACACACGCACCCUGCAGCUGGAGGAAGACGUCCUGUGUGUGAAGUUCUCUCCCGACCACAGACUCCUGGCCGUCUCGUUGUUGGACUGCACCGUCAAGAUCUUCUACACAGACACGCUGAAGUUCUUCUUGUCGCUCUACGGACACAAGCUGCCUGUUCUCUGUCUGGACAUGUCGCACGACAACACACUUAUCGCCACCGGGUCCGCCGACAGGAACGUGAAGAUCUGGGGUUUGGACUUCGGCGACUGUCACCGCUCCAUGUUCGCUCAUGACGACAGCGUCAUGUUCCUGCAGUUCGUUCCCAAGACUCAUCUGUUCUUCACGGCGGGAAAGGACCGGAAGAUCAAACAGUGGGACGCCGACAAGUUUGAGCACAUCCAGACGCUCGAGGGCCACCACCGGGAGGUCUGGUGUCUGACCAUCAGCCCCAGCGGCGACCACAUCGUGUCGUCCUCCCACGACAAGUCCCUGCGCCUGUGGGAGCGAACCAGGGAGCCCAUCAUCCUGGAGGAGGAACGGGAGAUGGAGCGAGAGGCAGAGUUCGAGGAGAGCAUGGCCAAAGGAGACGCGCCGGUGGUCCCUGGAGAGACUGAAGGAGAAGCAGCGCCCGCCGCCAAGAAAACUGUGGAGACUGUCAAAGCUGCCGAGCGAAUAAUGGAGGCGUUGGAGAUUUACAAAGAGGAGAACCGGAAGAAGGAAGAGCAUAAAUACGCUUGUGAGAGCGCAGGCAAAGAGCUUCCUCCUCCGAAACCCAACCCCAUCCUCGUGGCCUUUGGAAAUGUUUCACCCUCACGCUACGUCUUAGAUGUCGUAAAGAAAGUCAGAUCAAGCGAGCUGGAGGUUUCUCUGCUCGUGUUACCGUUCCCGUACGUCCCCGAGCUGCUGAGGCUCUUCAACGGAUACAUCCAGCAGGGCCUGGAGGUGGAGCUGGUCUGCCGCUGCCUCUUCUUCCUACUCAAGAUCCAUUUUGGCCAGAUCUCCAGUAACCAGAUGUUGUUGUCUGUCAUCGAUGAGCUACGGACCAAUACUCUCUCCAAAGUGCGGGAAAUCAGAGACAUGAUGGGCGUCAACGGCGCCGCCCUCCAGUUCCUGCAGCGGGAGAUCGAGGGCAAAGAGGACGUGAUGUUCUUCGCCGACGCCACCGGGCGGCUGGCGGACAAGAAGAAGAAGAGGAGGAGGAGGGAGCGGGCCGUCUUCGCCAUCGCCUGAAUCCCAACGGGCAUUUUCAUUUUUUGGACAUAUAGUUUGUGUAUAAACAUCCUCGAUCUCGCCUCGUCUCCUCCUCUUUUGUACGGUAUGAAAAAUCCUGACAGGAUUCAACACAGUGACGUGCUUCAUUUCCCGAAUAAACUGCGUCUUGACUUUU